AUGAACCCAUCGGAGAUGCAAAGAAAAGCACCUCCACGGAGACAAAGACACCGCAAUCGAGCACCAUCGACUCGCAAGAUGAACAGAAUGGUGAUGUCAGAAGAACGGAUGAAGUUGCCAUCCACCAACAAAGCGGAGCCACCGACCUGGGCACAAUUAAAGAAGCUGACACAGUUAGCUAAAAAAAAAAGCCUUGAGAACACAAAGGUGACACAAACUCCAGAGAGUAUGCUGCUUGCAGCUUUGAUGAUUAUAUCAAUGGUGUCUGCAGGUGUACCCAGCAGCUCCGAAGAGACAGCGACCAUGGAGAAUGAGCCAUGA